GCCUGGGCUUGCAAGCUGGGUGGGAUUGUGGAGAAGGGCAGUUCGGGAGGAGGGGCCAAGAGCAGCCCCCAUGGGCACAGAGGCGGAGUGGUGCCUGCUGCUCUGUUUGGCUCUGUCUACAGCAGCAGAAACUGAGCCCAGUGCAGCAGCAGGGCAGUGGCGGCCAGUAGACGUGGUCUUGGACUGCUUCCUGGUGGAUGAAAGUGGGCACCACGGCACUCUUGUGCGCAGUGAGGACAGGGUGAAGGCCUUGCUCGUGCUGCGGCAGGUGCCGGUGCUGGAUGACGGCUCCCUGGAAGACUUCACCGAUUUCCAAGGGGGCGCACUGGUCCGAGAUGACCCACCAACUGUUAUCUUCGAGGCCUCAGUAGACCUGAUCCAGAUUCCUGAGGCCAAGGCCCUGCUCCAUGCUGACUGCGGCGGGAAGGAGGUGACCUGUGAGAUCUCCCGCUACUUUCCCCAGGCCAGGGAGGCCAGUGCUGAGACAGCAGCUUCGUUCAUUGCCAACAUGCAGGUCUCUGAAGGGGGACCUAGUGUCUCUGUGGUGAUGAAGAUCCUCAGGGACACAGACAGCGGGGCUGCCUGGCACCCCACACUAAGCCUGCCCCUGACCCACCAAGGAACAGUGCAGACUGCUGUGGAGUUCCAGGUGACAACACGAACCCAAUCCCUGAAUUACAUGCUGGGGUCCUCAGUCUCCCUGGACUGUGGCUUCUCCAUGGCACCAGGCCUGGACCUCAUCAGUGUGGACUGGAGGCUGCAGCACAAGGGCAGUGGCCAGCUGAUAUACAGAUGGACCGCAGGGCAGGGGCAGGCUGAGCGAGAGGGUGCUACACUGGAGCCUGAGCAGCUACAAACAGCCGGGGAUGCCUCCCUCAUUCUAUCCAGCCUCAAGGUAAAGGACGAGGGGGCCUACAUUUGCCAGAUCACUACCUCUCUGUACCGAGCUCAGCAAAUCAUCCAACUCAACAUCCAAGCUUCCCCCAAAGUACGACUGAGCUUGGCAAACAAAGCUCUGCCACCCACCCUCAUCUGCAACAUUGCCGGCUACUACCCUCUGGACAUGGCAGUGACGUGGACCCGAGAGGAGCUGGGCAGAUCUCCGGUCCAAGUCUCUGGUGCCUCAUUCUCCAGCCUCAGGCAAAGCACAGCAGGCACCUACAGCAUCUCCUCCUCUCUGACGGCAGAGCCUGGCUUUGCAGGUGCCACCUACACCUGCCAGGUCACCCACGUCUCCCUGAAGGAGCCCCUUGGGGCCAGCACCUGGGUUGUCCCACCAGAGCAGAAAAUGGCCUUGGGAGUCAUCUUUGCUAGUGGCCUCUUCUUUCUUGCACUGUUGUUCCUGGGGCUUCAGAGACGGCAAGCACCUGCGAGAGUUGGGUUGCUUCAGGCAUGAAACCUGGAGACCACUUCCUCUGAGGAUACACAGAACUUCAGUGUCACGAAGCUGGCACACAUAAGCCAGCCCUGCCAACCUAAAGCGACAUCAUAAGACUAC